CGCCAUAGCGAUGUGCGUACAUAGAUGUAAGACCUGCCUUCGACCGUGUUAACGUUCUGCGUUCUCUCAAAAUUAUGUCGAUACAACUCGUUGACAAAACUUAGAGAAUGCUAUAACUCUCUUCAUCCAUCAUGCUUAGCCGCCUUCAAGAGCUAAAAAAGGAAGAGGAGACUCUUCUGAAGAUUAAAGUCAUGUUGCAAGAUCAGCUCAACAGACUUAAGUUUGAGGAGGGGGCGUUAAAGUCAAUGAUCAACGCCCAGUCUGAGGAAAACACAACAGAGCCUGCUGCCCCUGAGGCUGAAGUUAACCCAGAUGACGAGAGGGAGAUUAAUCAGACCAAACUGGUUUUGGGCGCACCGGUUGACUAUGACAUGGAGGAGGAGGAAGAGGAAGAAGAUGAAGAUGACGAAGAAGACGAUGACCUGGAGAUGGUGCUUGAGGAUGAGGAGGAAGAAGAUGAUUACUGAAGUUACACAAGAAUGACAUGAGGGAGCUGUCAUUUUGACCUAGGUUUAGGCCUUUUUCCUUCUAAACAGCAUGCCAAAUGACGUCUGUUUAAAGAAGCUGUAAUAGUUUCAGUGUUUGAGGUGGUUGUUACUUUGUGCAAAUUCUAGGUUCACACAUCUUUAAAAAUCACCAGUAAUAUGGUGUGUAGCAAGAAUAGCAGGUACUACAAUGUCCAUCCUCUAGUACUGUAAUGUAAGCCUAUGCUAUUAACUUAGAUUUUUAGUAGGUGUGCAGAGUUUUAGACUACCACAAGUUAAUAUUUUAUUACAGUUUAUGGAAAACACCAUUAUGUCAAAGAGAGUAUGUCUUAAAAUGGUAUUGCUAGGAGACUGAAUGUACUGCUCUGGACCUGUGGUGCAGUGAUAUGUAUAUGUUGCUUCCUGUAAAUGCUAUGAUUCCACUGAAGAGAUGUGUUUAAUCAAGCCCUAAAGAGAUGGAGUAUGUUUGUGUAGAUAUUUAUUUGUAACGCAUGGGGAAAAUGUCUUACUGAGCCAGUGACAGUAAUAACUGUAUUUAUGAUUUCCCUGCCCUAAGGAGUGUUGUGAAGAAUACUCUGUCAGUAAAGCACAAAAGGAGAGAAAAACCGUUUUGUCAUGGUAUGCUACAAAUGGAAAUUUUGGUCCAUGGGAAUGUUGAUUUCAGUUCUAGGACUUAAGUUGCCUCAGUUGUAUUAAAUAUGUGAAUAAACCAAAAUUGUU